AUUAACCUUACAUAUUUUAAUUUAAAAGAUUAAGCAUAUGAUAAUAAUACUCAUAAAAUAUGAUAAAAGUAUACUUUUUUGUCCACUUGACAAUAAUGUAAGAACGAAUUGAAGGCUAUUUAAGAAGCCAAAAAUAAGCAAGUCCUAUCAAAUUGAAUUCACAGAUCAUUUCUAUAAUUACAUAUACAUAGUAAUAAAUGAUGUCAAGAUCAAUAAUGUUACUGGUCUUGUUUGUUUCGAUUAAUAUUUUUGUAGUGGCAAAGGUGAAAGGUUCAGAUUUUCCUGUAAUCAGCAACCAAAUUCACUUGCUGAGGCCACAGUCAGGGUCUGGUGGGGGCCAUGUGAAGGGAGUAUCGUGCCUGAGUUGGCGAUACGGUGUGGAAACGAACAGCAUCAUCAACUGGAAAACCAUUCCUGUGGCCUGUGAGGACUACGUGGGUCACUACAUGCUUGGCGAUCAGUAUAGGAAAGACUCAAAAGCCAUAAAUGAUGAGGCUUUCCUUUACGUUAAGACCCUCAAUCUUUCUAAGAAGGCCGCCAACGACGUCGUAUGGGUCUUUGACAUAGAUGAGACUACGCUCUCUAAUCUCCCUUAUUACGCCCAACAUGGCUUCGGUGUGGAGCGGUUCAAUGCGACGUCGUUCAAUGAAUGGGUUUUUACUGGAAAAGCUGUAGCAUUACCAGAGAGUCUCAAACUGUACAAAAAGUUGGUUCGUUUGAAGGUUAAAAUUGUAUUUCUCACUGGUAGAACUGAAGACCAAAGAACUGUGACCGAGACCAAUCUUAGAAGUGUUGGAUACAACUCUUGGGAUAAGCUUUUACUCAAGGGAAAGAAUUUUGUAGGGAAACCAGCAGCUGAGUACAAAUCAGCUCAGAGGAAAAUAUUGGAGAAGGAGGGAUAUAAAAUUAUUGGGAAUAUGGGAGAUCAAUGGAGUGAUCUGUUGGGUACAAACAUUGGCCUUAGGACCUUCAAAUUGCCUGACCCAAUGUACUACAUUAGUUGAAUAUUUAACUUUGUAUUGCUUUUCUUUCCUUUGGUUCACUUGUCAAAAACAUCUCCCUCUUAACUUGGAUUUUGCCACAAAAUAAAA